AUGGCCGACAACACAAAUCAUCUGAGCGCGAAUGACUCAGCUCGCAUCGGGGAACUCAAAGCCGAAGGGAAUGCCUUCUACUUGCAGAAGAAUCUGGAGGCCGCUGCGAAUAAAUACUCAAAGGCUCUGGAAAUAGACGACAAAAACGCCGUUAUUUACUGCAAUCGUGCCGCGUGUCGACUUGGGCAAUCAAGGUAUACUGUUUCGACUCUUCGAUGGGCUGAGAAAGGUGAGUUGGUGAAGAAACGCGAAGCCCUGGCCAAGUUGACGCGUCUAGAGGCCGUGAAAUUGGAUCCCCAGUAUAUCAAGGCUCACGCACGACUAGCCACUGCACUAGAUGCCCUAGACGAGCCCGCCGAUAGCAGCAUUCACUGGGAGCGUGCUGUCAACUUGAUGCCCAAUGAAAAUCUCAGUGCAACUGAAGUCAAACAACGCGCAGCUUAUGUUCAGAGCUUGGAAGCGGCUCGGCGCAAAAAAGUACAGGUUCUAGUUGACGGAAAAUCACUCAUCAAUCUCAAAAAAGAACAAACCGAACAUCUUCCAUGGGAGCUUGCCACUGCUAUGAUCCCAGAAUUACGGGAAGCGCAGAAUCCUAACAGCAGUGCAUGGGUCAUUUCCGCCGCCUACGAGGACUUUCGUGAAGGCAUCAAGAACAUGAAGCUAUUGCGUCCUGUGAAGACGGGAGGCACCGAAGCGUCGGAAGCGACUAUGUUCUUCGGGCAUUUCGGUGUACUUACAUCCCUUUCGAAUGGCCUCCUAAGGGACAGGCGGAUAUUUCACAUGAAUGACGAUAAAUUCUUAGAUUAUUACAAUCAGCAAGUAAUGUUUGAGGCGCAGAAUAGUCAAGCCUGGAUGUCAGAAACACCAGUGGAAAUUCUUCGGCUGGCACGAGAGCGCUUGGCCUCUGAGGGCUGGGAUAAGGUCCGCCCUGCUCUUUCUGUUAGCGUGCGGGGUCGCUUCCUGCGAGGGUUCAUACAAGCCGGUUUGACAAAACGUCCAGACAUAGCCCUUCAGUUCAUCGGGCACGCCAUUGAAAUAAUCGAACUUUGCAAAAAAGAAUGGCCUGACGUACCAGGUUCUGAUCGAGGCGCGAUUUUUCAGACCGCCUUCCUCCUCGGGCUCCGGGCUGAAUGGCUGGAACAGUAUUUUUCCGCAUACAAUGGAGUGAAUGGACAAUUCACUCUGGAGACGCUUGAGAAGGAGGCUGAUAAACUGAUUACUGACUUGAACGCUGUCUUCCCGCAUCAACUUCCGCAGAAUGUCGAUCCUGGCUUCAUUCUCUCAUUCUACUCAUAUCCGAUGGGUCAUGCUUACGCCGCAAAAGCCUUUUGUCGCUCGAAGAUGGCGAAGAGGGCCAAUCAAAGAAAUGAUUACCAGGAGUGGCGCAAAUAUACUCAAGAAGCUGGAGCGUUGUACCUUCAAGCUGCUCAACGCUAUAUGAAAGACGACGAGAAUCAUUUGUGUGAGCUAUUGCCCUCGAGUGAAAUUUUGUACGGUGAUAGAAACCUGAUUAUCUCUCGUUAG